AUGCCUCCGGCCAUCAUUGCCGAUUCAGACGACGACUCCGAUGGCGCACAAAGCCCUGCCUUGACCCCCGGAGGACCCAUUGACGACGGGCUGCUCUUGCCGACACGAUCCUCUGAUCGUGUAAGUCUUGCUACAAACUCAACGGACCCGGCGUUCUUCCAGGGCAUCUACAACGAGCACAAAGCUGCUGCAGACCAGCAAGCUCUGAAUUUCGGCGCGGAUGGCGGCCUUGAGCCAGCCGACGCUGCGGGUCAAGAGGCGCCCCCGAGUCGGACCGGGGCUCGAGACGACCCUUGGGACAUCCCAAGCAGCCCCGAAGCCAAAAUCGCAAAGAAGGUCAAGCCAUUGGCCGCCAAGCGAACCACGUCCGUAAAAGUCACCCGAGGCCUGCGCAAGAAUCUGGAACGGCUCGGGUACGAGAGCGUUAGUGACGACAAUCACGACGAGCCAGUCCAGGAGCGGCGGAAGAGGAGAAAAGUAGGGGGCACCAGGCGCUCUCAGAAAGACAGCAACGAUGUGAGCUUAGUCGAGCUACCUCUAGAUGGCGAACUGCAAUCGGUGGCGUCACAGAGCAACAGCACAGAGGUUGCCGGCAACGGAGGCAUGGGACCGCCAACCGACAUAGCCUCAACACCUCUCCUCGUUGCUCCAAAACAACUCUCUGCAAGCCAGAAGCUCGAGUACCAGAGUAUGGAGGCACCGUCCAGUAGCCCUCCUAUGAGAGCGAUGGAAUUACGCAAUCCUGCAGUAGGAUCCAGCGGAACUGCGACAAACGUCAACACGCAGAGAAGCCACAUGAUGUCUUCUUACGACGCUGGCCUGACAGUGAGAACACCAGAACACGAGAUGAUCAGGGCCACCAGGCGAGCCAGCCCAACACCACGACAACGGCGAAACUCGUCCCCAGACGUGAUUACGUCCAUGCCUCCGCCAACGCAGACGCCAAAACCCAAUGCCACGAGGGUGAAGCAAGUUGGCACAAGCACAGCUGAGGCGGCCAGGGAGUCCCACAGCGCAGGUGAUGACGACGAGGUCUGGGUGGCAUCCAAGGUGGAGGAAGACGAGGCUUCUGACUACGCCGCCCCGGAGAAGCAGGCAAAACCAAAGAGACAGCGAGGGCGUCCAAAGAAGGGUGGAGAAGACAAGUCGGAUGUCACAUCAACAGCAGCAGCCCAAGAAUCUGCGGCCAAGCCCAAGCGGAAACGCGGGAGACCGAAGAAAUCAGAGACCGUUGCCAAGGACGACCAGGGCUCGUCCGUCACUCAUGAUACAUCACACAGGCAGGCGGCCACCGAUGAGAAGCUCGGUCACGUCGCGGAGGGGUAUCACACAGCCGAGGGUGACGUGGACAAGGAGCCGAGCCUGCCAACUUCUACCACGAAACCGCCGCAAAAGUCGCCCGGCAAGGCAGAGAUACCAGGCGGGCUGGAAGAGACCCCUGCAGAUCCCGUGGAAGCUUGCGUGCCAGAAAGUGCAGGACAGCAGACACCUGUACGAGAGGAGAGGAAACUGCAGAAGAAUGGAGAUCUCCAAAACAGACAGAGCGCCUCGAAGCUGGACAGUGCUGGGAAGCCGGUCUACCGUGUCGGGCUGAGUAAACGACUGAGAAUAGCGCCGCUUCUGAAGUCACUGCGCAAGUGA